AUCAUUAAAACCUGUUCCUUCCGUCCGACGCUGUGUGGAGCUGCUCCGGCCGAGCUCACCAGGAGACAAAAGCAACCAAGUGAACCUCCUCCUGUAGCCGGAUCACCAAAUGUGUCACGUUUAACCGUUUAUGGACCCAACACUUAACAGUUGUGUGCAGAGAGGUGCAACUAUUUGGGUCAUAAAUGGAGAGGGACAAGCUGUCACCCAAUGACCCGGACAGCCGCACAAAAACAACAACCCCUGCAUGAGAGCUGCCCCGUGGAUGAGUAGAAGUGAUCAGACCUGACAAACAGGACAGAAAGAAACCUUUAGGGGCGGCCACCGUCAUGGACGGGGAGGACGAUGUCUCGCACACGGGUGAGGACGUGCUUGGCUCCGUAGACAAGAAACAAGAGGCGAAGGGGACUUGCCUGAAAAUUGAGGGCCAGGAUGGCUAUGUGUUUAAAUCCUACAGCAUGAACCCACGCGAGACUAAGGAUGCCAAGUCGUCGUCUUCCUCAAUAACACUGGAUAAAGACCUUCCCCGCGCCAUCCGUCUAUCUUCUCAGGGUGACACAGAAAAAGAUCCGGCAUCUCCUUCCCAUUCAAACAAAUGGCUUGGCGUCGGCACUGAUGAAAAUACAGAGAACGAAAACACUGAGAAUGAAAACUAUGAAAAUGGUAAUGAGCACAUUGAAGAUGAAAGUCGGGAUACAAAUGAUUUAGAGGACGAAACGCAGGACUUUGAAAGAUUUGAAUUUGGUAACUCGUUCGGCCCGUUUUUGACAAGAGAUGGGGAAGACUACAGUAAUAUCCUGAGUGGCUACACAAGCACCCUUUAUGAUGUUGCCAUGGAUGCCGUUACCCAGAGCCUUCUGGCGUCGAUGAGAAGUCAAACUAACCCAAGGAAAAAAUCCCCCGCUUGGAAUCAUUUCUGCAUAUCACCAAGAGAUAACACCAAAGCAAUAUGUUUGUAUUGUAUGAAAGAGUUCAGUCGGGGCAAGAACGAGAAAGACCUUAGUACAAGUUGCUUGAUGAGGCACGUGCGAAGGGCUCACCCCAUCAUGCUCUGCCAAGAUGGCGCUGACGCAUCAGCACAUAAUCUGAGUACUUUAGCAUCCUCGAUCCCCCCGUCGCCAAACUCGCCAAAAAACGGUGACAUAAACAGUUUAAUGUAUCCUGGGUCAAAGAACACUUCAACGUCCACGUCUUCGGCUGAAAAUUCCGACCUUUCUUCCCAGGAGGUGUUAUCCAAAGUUGAACCAAAACCUGAACCUGUUAGCAGCACGCUCGCACCCUCCCAUUCCAGUGAAAACAACCUUGAAGAGAUGCCUCCUGACGGAGGGACCGAGCCUCUUCCCUGCAACACAAAAGGGUCUAGUUCCCGUCGAAGAUCGGCCGUAUGGAAACAUUUCUACCUUUCACCUGUGGACAGUUCCAAAGCCGUAUGCAUCCAUUGCAUGAAUGAAUUCAGCAGAGGGAAAAAUGGGAAAGAUCUCGGCACAAGCUGUCUUAUACGUCAUAUGUGGAGAGCCCACAAAGAGGUUGUCAUUGAGGAAAAUGGACUGGGCAAUCUCAUUCCUCCACCCUACUCAAAUCCCCCGUCACUCUUGUCCCGCACACCAUUACAUGACCCACUGGAUAUAAAAAAAGAAUCAACACUUCUUCCGUCUUCACCGGAAACCAUAUCAGACGAAGUACCACAAGCCAUGACGGAAAGCAUGGAUAUGAAAGAGGAAUCCAAUGAGGCCAUGCUUUUGUCGGAACAGGAGUCCUCUCUCACUCUAUCCUUUAGUGCUCAUGGGGAGGAUACACCUUCAACCUCCUCGCCAUGUGAUCUCUCUGAGGCUGCCAACCUCAACCAGAAUCAUGUUAUUUUCCAACAGAACAAGAAGAUAAUGAAACGGGUGAAAUCCGAGGUCUGGCAACAUUUCAUUGUAUCACCCAUUGACCAGUUAAAAGCACUGUGCCGUUACUGUACAUGCGUCAUCAGUCGGGGGAAACGGGGGGACUUUGGUACAAGCUGUCUAAUGAGGCACCUGAUGAGGCGGCACCCAGACGUCCUCCAAAGCCAAAAAAACACAGACGACAAGGAGCCCUCCCCCCAGCCCUAUGUUAACAUGACCCCAGACGCAGUUUCAACCAAAGAAACUAAAAGCCACAGCGGUGAGAAAAAGCCACAAACAGUUUUCAGUAAGAAGACGUCCAAACUGUGGAACCAUUUCUCAAUUUCACCCACCGACCCCACCAAGGUGAUUUGUUUGCACUGUAGCCGCACUAUAAGCCGAGGCAAAAAGACUACAAACCUCGGCACCAGCUGCCUGUUCAGGCACAUGCAGAGGUUUCACGAACAUUUUCUCGAAAGUAACAAUACUAUCUCAGGUGAUGUGCCGUCUGCUGAAAUCCGGGUCAAACAGGAACUCGUGGAUAUGCCAGUUUCCCAAACGGACCAGAAUCACGAGAGGUUUGAUGACCACCACCCAGUUGCCAAAAAAAUUACCAAACUUAUUGCUGAAAUGCUUGCACUGGAUCUUCAGCCAUCCUCUAUGGUGGAGAAUGCUGGACUGAACAGACUGCUAGAGUACCUCCAGCCUCAGUAUUGUCUACCGCCCUCGUCUUACUUUACCAGCACUGCAAUACCAGAUAUGUACGAGAAGGUGAAAGGCAUUGUGCUGACACACCUAAAAGAGGCGGAGGGUGGCGUCGUCCACUUCACAACAAGUAUUUGGGUCAGUAGCCAGACAAGGGAGUACUUGACCCUCACUGCGCAUUGGGCAACAUACGAGUCCAGUGUCAGACCCCAGGGCCAGGAUUUCCACUGUUCAGCUCUGCUAAGUGUGUCCCAAAUAGACUGUGAUCAGGAUAUGCACGACAUCCCAAAGCAGCUGGAGUAUCUGUUGGAUUCUUGGAUCACCUCAUCAGGGCUGAAGAGGGGUUUCACUGUGACCGACAACGCCAGCAUAAGAAACAAUCUGGAGGACCACGGCCUCGUCGCCGUGCAGUGUUUUGGACACACAAUUGACCUCAUUGUUAGCGAAGCCAUAAAGAGCCAGAGAAUGGUUCAGAACCUCCUGAGUAUCGCACGAAAGAUCUGCGAGCGUGUGCACCGCUCGGCCAAGGCAAAGGAGAAGCUGGCUGAGCUCCAAAGGGACCACCAGUUACCGGAAAACCAACUCAUUCAGGACAUUCCUUCUAAAUGGAGGACCUCCUUUUUAAUGCUGGAGCGGCUGAUGGAGCAAAAGAGAGCCAUUGACGAGAUGUCAAUCGAGUGCAAUUUCAGGGAAAUCAUCAGCUGUGACCAGUGGGAGGUGAUACAGUCCGUCUGCAAUGCACUGAAACCCUUCGAGGUGGCCUACCAUGAGAUCAGCAACCGCACUGCCACUCUGGGACAAGUGAUACCACUCAUUCAUAUCCUAAAUAGAAAGAUAGACCUGCUGUUUGAUGAGACUGUGGGCAUAGACACCAUGCUCAAAUCUCUAAAAGAAGCCAUGGUGGGCAGGAUGUCUGCCACCUUGCACGAUCCACGCUUCACCUGGGCGACCAUGCUGGACCCCCGUUACAAGACUUCAUUGUUCACAGAGGAAGAGGCAGAGCGAUGUAAGCAAGACCUGAUCCAGGAGUUGGACCUGUUCUCUUCUACCUCGUCUGAAAAGUCUUCACUGCCCAACCGCUGCAACGAGGCCCUCGUAUCUGACGGCACCGCCCUUUCCGACAAGGACAACAUCUGGUCCCUGAUGGCUGACUUGAGGCAAAAGGUCAAACACGAGGAGAAGUCAAAGUCCUCCGAAUUGGCAGUGCUGGAAUACCUUGAGGAGGACAUACUGGAUCAAAGCUGUGACCCGCUCGACUACUGGAACCUUAAGAAGUUCCUGUGGCCAGAGCUUGCCAAAGUAGCUGCCCGUUACGUGGGCUGCCCUCCCAGCGUCGUCCCAGCAGAGGCACUGUUCAGCACCGCAAGCGUCAACUGUGCCCUAAACCACCCCAGGCCUUCACUGGAAAACAUGGAGGGUCUGCUCUUCCUCAAGGUCAACCUCCCUCUGAUUUAUUUUCAGUACUGAUGAAGCAUUAACUUGAAAGCCCUUUAAUAAUAAUAAGGACCAAGUGACAUAGCUGUGAAAUGGGGGUUUCUAUUGUGAUGUACAGUAUCAUUGUAUACACUGAUUUUGUACAAUGCUGCAACCGGGGGGGGGUAAUUUUAUUGUGUGUACUACUGUUUGAACACUUUGAAGUUCAUGAAAAGUCUCAGUGAGAAGUGUAUCAGGGAGGGGUUUUCUUGCUGUCGUGUGUUUGCAUAAUUAUUCAUGUGUGUUUUCUCUGGACUCUCUCCUUGUGCCUUAUCCAAAUCUACUUCAGGUCAAAAAUGCUGUAAAUAUGUUUUGUUCAAAUCUGCGCAAUCCACUUCAGGUUGCUUUUGAAUAUAUUACUGAUGCAGUUUUCUUCGUGAAAACAUGGCCCAAAAAUAAAUGCUGUGACUGAAAGAUGUUUUAAAUUAAUGUUAUUUAAUUUUCAUUGUGAAAUUGUGGCUCAAGGUACUGUCAUUUAGAGCUAGAUGUUGUUUUUCAUAAACUUGCUGAAGUGUUUUUAAUAAGGCUCAAUAAGAUAUUGCUGUAUUUUCGGAAUAAGACAUUUGGGAUUUACAAUUUGUCUCUUAAGCACAAUUUAGGUUUAUGUUCAGAGGUUUAAUUUAUGGGUUUGAGUAAAAAUGUAAUAUACAUUUUUAUAUGGAACCUAAUUUGAUAAAUGAUUUAGCAUUGAAACUGGAACCAGUUUGUAAAUAAAGUUUUUUCUUUACGCUAGAUUGCAGAGAUGUCUU